CACUCUCGGGUGUAGCGGAUGCAUUGCUCUUCCAUCCACGAACUAGCAUUCCACACUCUGUUUGACGCCGUCCACCGUUGUCUGCCCUGCGUGGUUGUUCUCGGGCAAGCAGUGAAGAAGGUUGGAACCCUAGGGCUUUUUCUACUUCCAAAAUCCGCAUAGAGUAGAGGUUGCAGCUCCCCUUUUGCAAUUGGCUCAAUUGUUAUCCUCUACCUUGCGUCAGAGAUGGCAGAAUCAAUUUGCAGAGUGCUACGGGAUGGUGCAUUAGAGGGAGAACACGCACCUGCUCUAACAAUUAAGGAUUCUCUAGAUUCUCCUUUUGCCUUUGAUGUAUUCUCUUACAUCCUAGUUCAACUCUCAUCUCAGAUUUUAAGAGGAAAAUCUCAGGCCCGAGGUAUAGUUAUUGUUGCAGUUUCCUGGAGUCCAUCAUCUUAUAUUGCUUUUUUAAAGACAAAAGGAGUGGACAUUGAAUCCUCUCAGAAAUGCAUUCGCAUUUUGGAUUGCUAUACAGAUCCUCUUGGUUGGAAGGAUAAAAUAUGGAAAUCUAGAAAUAUUAAGGAUAUUACUUACCAAGGGGCACUUAUUUCUAGUUCUUAUAAAGCUAUGAAGGAUUUGGAAAAGUUGUUUUCAGUAAUCAUUGAACUGGGUGGAGGACUAGUUGGAGAGAAGAAAGCCCACAUUUGUGUUGCCAUAGACUCGCUAAGUGAGCUGUUGAGACUUACAACUUCACAGUCCGUCUCAAGUUUUUUGAGCAAUCUGCGGAGCCAUGAUCAGAUUUCAUGUAUAUUUGGGUUAUUGCAUCCCGAUCUUCAUGAUGAUAGGGUUGCAGCUGUUCUUGAUUACAUGUCUUCCAUGGUGGCCAAUGUUGAACCAUUUCAUCAUUCUUUAAAUGGUCUGAGAGGUAAUUCAGAAAGUUCCUUGUCUGAACAAAGUUUUACCAGGGGAAAGUUCAAUGUCAGGUUCAAGCGCAGAAAUGGGCGAGUUAGAGUGAUGUGUGAGGAAUUUAAAGUUGAGCCAGAAGGAAUUAGCUUUACUUCUGUUUCAUCAGUAGAUAGAAUGACCAUUUCAGCUCUGCUGCCAAAGGUACAAUUCAAUCUUGAGCUGUCAGAGAAGGAGCGAACUGAUAGGGCCAAUGUGGUGCUCCCUUUUGAACACCAAGGAAAUGGCAGACCAAUACAAAUAUAUGAUGGUAGAAGAUCGCUUGAAGAUUACAACAUUGAGGCAAAGGACACUUCAAGUGGCAAAAAAGGGUGUUCUGGCAUGGGUGAGAUUAUUUAUUAUCGUGAUUCAGAUGAUGAGAUGCCAGAUUCUGAUGAAGACCCAGAUGAUGAUUUAGACAUAUGAAUAUGCUCUAUAUUAUCAGAAGGACGUGGCCUUUGAUUGUAAUUUUACUGGGUAUCCUAGCACUUUGCUCCCUUUUCCCUUAAUUUAAUCGAGAUCAAAUCAUGUAUUUUUCCCCCCACUUUUAACAUCAACUGGAUUUAGGAACAAGUUUUUUCACUGAUGUGUAUAAGCAGGAGCUUUAAAUAAAGAGGAAGACAUAGGUACGAGAAAUUCUUGUAAUGAUUUGGUACGCUA